CCCAACUAUCGUUGAUUUCAAGGCGACUGAAAAGAACGCUUAAUUGAGGCGAACUGCAUCCCAGAGAUCUCAGCGUAAAAGGAUCCUGGCUAGAUAUCCAUUUGAAAACUCAAAUUCUUAUCGAGUGGUACGGUACAUACGGCUACCAUGGGAUCCACCAACCCCUACGCAAAGGAACUUCAGAUCGCCUGUCUCACAGUCCAGAGAGCCACGCUCCUGACGAAAAAGCUAUUGGAAGCUGUGGACAAGGGGUCUUUCGACAAGAAUGACGCCACCCCAGUGACAAUUGCUGAUUUUGCUGCACAGGCAUUGAUCAUCGCUGCCAUUCACCGUGCGUUCCCCGACGAUGAGUUUGUUGGCGAAGAGAGCUCAGAUGCUCUUCGAUCCGAUCCUGCUCUCCUUGACAGGACUUGGGAGCUGGUCUCCUCUACCCGCCUGUCGGACGAGGAAAGCGAUGCGCUGCUCUACGCCCCAAGCAGCAAGGAGGAAAUGCUUGAUUUGAUUGACCUUGGUGCUCAAGGCAACUGUAGCAAACAGAGCCGUGCCUGGGUUUUGGACCCCGUCGACGGCACAGCAACCUUCAUUCAGGGUCAGCAGUACGCUGUUUGUCUGUCGCUGGUGGAAAACGGCUACCAGAAGGUUGGCGUUUUGGGCUGUCCGAAUAUGAACCUGGAGACAGGUCGCCUCCAUGAAAACAUUGUCGACCGAGAUGGCUACGGGCAUCAGGUAUUCGCUGUUGCCGGACAAGGCGCAUUUAUUCGGCAAAUGGGAACGGGAGCUCUCCUCCCCUCGCGCAAGAUCGAGUCAAAGGCGCAGAUUACGGAUCCUACAGAUAUCGAUUUUGUGGAUUGCGUGUCAGCGACAUCAUCCGACAGGAACAUGCAUGCCCGCCUUGCAUCGCAUUUGGGUGCACCUUGGCCGGCCUCGACAGAUCUCUGGGCUGCGCAGCUGCGAUACAUCGCCAUCGCAGUUGGGGGCUGUAAUGUCAUGAUCAAAAUUCCGCGUAACCCUUCUUAUCGGUCGAAGAUUUGGGAUCAUUCAGGCGGCAUGUUGAUUGCCGAAGAACUCGGUUGUACAGUUAGCGAUCUGGCGGGUAAUCCAGUCGACUGCAGCUUGGGCAGAACCCUGUCUGGUUGCUACGGAAUGAUCGUUGCACCUUCGUCCAUCCACAGCCGGCUCGUGGAGGCAGUGAAACAGAUCAUGUAAGACAAACGGUUAAUCCGGGGUAUGGGUUGGCGGAAGAGCUGUCUCAACAGUCCCCGCUUACGGU